AGGAGACCCCGGGCAGGACAGUGCGGGACCCGGGAGAGACAGAGGAGACCCCGGGCAGGACAGUGCGGGACCCGGGAGAGACAGAGAAGACCCCGGGCAGGACAGUGCCGGAGCAGCCUGCGAGUGGACGCGAUACCUCUGCGCUAACGCAGAGCGCAAGGAAGUCUGAAGCGGGUGUGACUGUGGCUCAGAAUGAGUUGGAGCUUCUUAACCCGUCUCCUCGAAGAGAUCAACAAUCAUUCCACCUUCGUGGGGAAGGUUUGGUUGACGGUCCUCAUCAUUUUCCGGAUCGUCCUGACGGCAGUGGGUGGGGAGUCCAUCUAUUAUGAUGAACAGAGCAAGUUUGUUUGUAACACGCAACAGCCCGGAUGUGAGAAUGUGUGCUACGACGCAUUUGCGCCCUUGUCACAUGUCCGUUUCUGGGUCUUCCAGAUUAUUCUCAUCACCACUCCGUCUAUCAUGUACCUGGGCUUCGCCAUGCAUAAAAUUGCGCGUCGCCCUGACGAGUACCGCAGGCAGCUGGGGAGGGCAGAGUACAAGCCCAAGAGAAAGGCACCCAUGGUUCAUCGCGGGGCAAAGCGUGACUACGAAGAAGCAGAGGAUAACAAUGAAGAAGAUCCCAUGAUCUGCGAAGUGCUGGAAACUGAGAAAGAUGCAGAAGAGGGAGACCAGAAGAAACACGACGGCCGUCGCCGCAUUAAGCAAGAUGGCCUGAUGAAGGUCUAUGUUGUGCAGCUGCUCACCCGCAGCUGCCUAGAAGUUGGGUUUCUCCUGGGGCAGUAUGUAUUGUAUGGUUUCGAGGUGAUCCCAUCUUACGUGUGCACUCGGAGCCCUUGUCCCCACACGGUAGAUUGCUUCGUGUCCCGUCCCACCGAAAAGACCAUAUUCCUGCUGAUCAUGUAUGCCGUCAGCGCCCUGUGCCUUCUGCUCAACCUCUGUGAGCUCUUCCAUUUGGGUGUCGGUGGUAUUCGAGACACUCUCCGGCAGAAGAGCAAAGCGCCUGAGGGAGAGCAAUAUCCCAAAAAGUCUCCCAGCGCGCCUCCCAACUACCACUCGGUGCUGAAAAAGGGAAAGGUGCCAAACGGCAAGUUGUUGUAUCCCCAGAACGGGGCCUACGAGCUGCCCGUGACUCAUUCAAACGAGCAUGAGCUGGACAGGCUACGGCAGCACCUGAAGAUGGCCCAAGAACACCUUGACUUGGCCUUCCAGCUGAACCCCGCAGCUGACACUGCCAACGCAUCUCGAAGCAGCAGUCCCGAGGCCAACAGCAUAGCUGCCGAACAGAACAGGCUCAACCUUGCUCAGGAGAAAGGGGGAGUCUGCGAGAAGGCUGGUUUGUGAUCCUUGCAAGAUGGGGGUGGGGAAAUGUGAAGCUUGGGGGGGUUGCAGGUCCUAUACUAUGACUGGAAUUGAGUUGCCAUGGGGUCCUAACCCCCCCCCCCACCUCCUGCCCUCCCAAGGGAACGUGAGCGGAGUCCAUGCUCGCCGCUGUUCUGCCUGCUCAAGCUGCAUCGUGUCUUGGAAAGCUCUUGAAAUCUCAAUUUUCCAUCUUGUCAGGGGGCGGCGCCGAGCCGCCAGAUGUGGGAGAAGGUUAACGCCACUGGUUUACACGGGCUGCCACCUCUCGGGACAUGGAAGACUGCAGGUGGCACCUUCCGACUAGUUUUACUCCCGGCAGUGGUACUAAUCCCAUUUCAGCUUUCUGUUUAGUGUCAAAGGGAGAAUUAUUUCAGUUUUUUUCUAUAUUUUUAUUAUCUUUUUAUUAUUAUUAUUUUUUUCCGUGAGAACCAAAUAACCUUGAUGGAGAUAAACAAAAGGGAAAACUACCGGUACUAUUUUAUUUUUUGAAGCUGGUUACCUUGGUACUACAGACGGUCCAAUCCCUGGCACACUUCAACCACUGCCAGCCAUUUGCGGACAUUGUCGCUGUUCUAUUUUAUUAUUGUUCAGUUGUUGUGACUGUCGUGGUGUUUUUGUCUCAC